CGCCCUGUCCUACUUUCCCACUUCAAAGCCGUGAACUACCCGUCUGUGUCAGCACGCAGGAAGCUGCGGAGAUCUGGCUCGUGUGCGAAGCCAACGAAGUCCUUACGGAAAUCAUUGCCAAUAUUGUUGAAUCCUUGGAAUUGGGGUUUCAGUUCUCAAGUGCUUGUAAUGGUCAAUUACUACUUAAGUUUCUUUGGACAAAUCUGGGGUGUUGAGAUCCUCGAAGAAGGAUGGUUUUACAAGCAGUUCGUCCGUGGACUUUGGGAUGUCUUAUAGAAUCAUUUCUCGAGCUUUUUCUGGCUUAUAUCCUGCUGUGUGUAUCGGCUUUUGCAUUUUUACCCCUGAAAUUGUUGAGCGUUUUUGGGCUGCAUCUGCCGUGUCCUUGUAAUGGGGUUUUUGGCUAUAAAAACAGCAAUUUGUGCGUGCAUGAUUUGCUCGUUAAUUGGCCAAAAAGAAUUAUCUAUUCUGUUCAUAAGUCGGCGAUGAGUAAGUUCCCUUUUAAUUUGGUUUGGUUCGAGGAUCAAGCAUGUAAUUCAGGUAACCAGCCAGUUGGAGAUGUAAACUGUGAAAGUGGGAUCGUUGGACUGGAGAAAGAAGCAUCUUGCAGCUCAUUUGCCAGUCCAAGAUUGCAAAACAUGGUUGCUCGGAAAAGAGGGUAUGAUGCCCGAAGAGGAUUAUGAACCUGAAGCAAGGGUCUGGAAUUCGGCGCAGAAGGAGAGCUGUUCUUGAAAACAGACAAUUCUAUUCUGUUUUGCCAAAUGAUUAUUCACAUUCAGUUGUUGCUGGUAACACUCCUUAUGAUGGUGCUGGAAUGAGAGGCAAAACCAGUGAAAGCUUAGGUCCUGUAAAUGGGAGAGAAAUUUCUUUCAUGGGUGAAACAAAUGGACCAGUGGGCAUUGAUGUGGGAGAAAGAAGCCAGCAUAGUUUUGACCUGAGUGAAUCAUUUGGUGAGGGUAAUGGCAUAUCUUCUUCAGUUGAAACAAACAUAAUUAAAUCUCCGACUGAAUUUUAUGAAAAUGAAGUUGAUGCUAUCCGAAUGUUGGAAUUAGCUCUUGAAGAAGAGAAAGCUGCUCGCUCUGCUCUUUACCUAGAACUGGAAAAAGAGAGAGCUGCUGCGGCAAGUGCUGCUGAAGAGGCAAUAGCCAUGAUGUCACGGCUGCAACAGGAUAAAGCAUUAGUAGAAUUGGAAGCGAGGCAGUAUCAAAGAAUGAUAGAAGAAAAGUCUGCUUAUGAUGAAGAAGAAAUGAAUAUUUUGAAAGAGAUACUUGUUAGGAGGGAGAGGGAGAAUCAUUUUUUGGAGAAGGAAAUUGAAGAAUACAGGCAGAUGAGUUUUCGAGCAAAUGAGCCGCCAAAAGAUGAUUUACAUGAUAAGAAGGAUAAAUGGGGACAAAUGCCUUCUUCUUCGCUUGAAAGGAAUGAUAAUGAACAGUUGAUGUUGCAGAGUGAGAAUAACAUGUCGAUUGGUGAGGAAGUGGGAAGUUGUGAAAAUUGCUCUUCAAAUUAUAAGGAUCCUUUAGUUGAAAAACAAAGGCUAAUUUAUGGAUAUGGCUGUCUUGAGAAAAAUGUUCUUUUAGCUGGUAAAGAGAAGGGAAAAGAGGAUAAUGGCAUAGUAUGCCAACAGGUGACAGGUGAGGCAGCAGUCACCAUGGUUCCAUGUGAUGGUGAAGAGCUAGAGAAAGAUGGGAAAUAUAAAGAUAAAUCAGGUAGCAAUCCCCAUGGUUCCAUGCUUGAAACAGAGCCAGCUGUUUAUGAUGUCUAUGUUGUUGAUGAUAGAAAUAAAAACUGUAAUGAACAAAGUGGUAAAGAAAGUGCAUUAUUUAGUAAUGCUGUUAAUGAACCCAGAGAUUCUGUUGUCGCAAUGGGAGCAUCUGGAGUCUGGAGCAGAGAGGCACCAAGUGAUCAUCCAACCAUAAGCAGGGCUGGAACUGAGCCUAACAUUGAUAAAGGUAGAUUGGAUAUUGGUAGUGAGCUGCCAGUCUUGAGUCUUUCAUGCAAAAGCUUGCUUUCUGACUUGGGGAAAGAGUCUCUGUCUGCAUUCGAUAGUGAAAAGUCGAAAAUUGACAUUGAGAUUGAAAGGCUCAGAGAAAGGCUACAAAUAGUCCAAGGGGAGAAGGAAAACUUGACUUUAUGUACGGAGAAUGUGGACAGGGAAAAGGAUCCAUUGAGACUUCUGCAGGAGAUAUCAAAGCAGCUUCGAGAGAUUCAGCAAUUAAGAGAUCCCACGCAGCAGGCAUUCUUGCCCCCUUCAUCUUCUAAGGUGAUUUUGAAGAAAAGAUGCCCCCAGACUGUGUCCUGUGAAACGUAUGAAAAUGCAUAAAUCGUGUACAACUACCAGUUGUUUAAAGAAACCUGGCCUGUAAUUUAGGUCACUUUUAUCCUGAGAAAUUUGUAGUCUGCUGGAAAGAGUUAUGAAUUCAAUUAGAAAAAUUCUAUACAUCAGUUACUAUUCGCUAUCCCACACUCUA